UCAACAAUAAAAACAUCCAUUCCAACUAUUCCAACUAUUAAACCUACCAUUAAUAAAUAUUUACCUACGAACGGUUCACCAAAAGAUCCAAGACCUCAAUUAACUCGUUCACAAAGUAGUGAUACUUUAUCUCAAACUAGUAGUAAUAGCAGUCGUGGAAAAAAAUCAAGAGUUUCUCCUAACAUAAUUCCUACUCAAAAACAAGAUUUUUCUCAUGUUAGAUCACGUGUAGGGUCUUUGAAUAACAUAAGUUACAUACCAAAAGGCGGUGAGAUAAAAAUCUUUUCUGAUAAGCCGGAUUUUUCUAAUGUCGGAUCACGAAUAGGCUCAUUAGAUAAUAUUGACCAUGUUCCAAAAGGUGGAGAUAAAAAAAUUCUAUCAAUUAAAACUGAUUUUGCUAAUGUAGGUUCUCGAGUUGGAUCACUGGAAAAUAUUUAUCAUACUCCAAAAGGUGGUGAUAAGAAAAUCUUCUCUGUUAAACCUAAUUUUUCUAAUGUCAGUUCUCGUGUUGGUUCAUUGGAUAACAUUAAUCAUAUUCCAAAAGGUGGUGAUAAAAAAAUUGAAUCAAUUAAAGUCGACUAUUCUAAUGUCACUCCUCGUAUUGGUUCAUUGGAUAACAUUGAUCACGUCCCAAAAGGUGGUGAUAAAAAAAUUUCAACUGUUAAA